UCUCUCACGGUUCUGUUCAUUCUCUUCAAGAUGGUUCAUGGCAUCAAGUGGACUUGCAGCAACGGGAACAGCAGCUCUGGCUUCUCAGUAGAGCAGCUGGUUCAGCAGAUCCUCGACAGCCACCAGACAAAGCCGCAACCUCGGACGCACAACUGCCUCUGCACCGGCAACCUGGGGGCCGGGAGCAGCGUGCAUCAUAAAUGCAACAGUGCCAAACACCGCAUCAUCUCCCCCAAAGUCGAGCCGCGGUCAGGGGGCUACAGCGCCCACUCUGAGGUGCAGAACAAUGACGUCUCGGAAGGCAAGAAUGAGCACAGCCACAGCAAAUCCUGCAGCCGAGAGAAGAGGAACGGGAAAGUGGCCAAACCGGUACUGCUGCAUCAGAACAGCACCGAAGUCUCCUCUACUAACCAAGUAGAAGUUCCUGAUACUACCCAGAAUUCUCCUGUCUCCAUCAGUAGCGGGUUGAACAGCGACCCCGACGUUGCAGACAGUCCAGCGGUCACUGGGGUCUCCAGCAUGGCGGUUGCUUCGGUGAUGGGCAACUUGUCCCAAAAUGCCACUGUUUUCAUGUCUGACAUUAGCAGCGAGGCUGUCUACACGAUGUCCCCCACUGCUGGGCCGAAUCAGCACCUUCUCUCCUCAGAUGCAGCCACCCAAGGGCUGGUACUGGCAGUGAGUUCUGAUGGCCACAAGUUCGCCUUCCCCACUGCCAGCAGCUCCGAUGGCCUCUCCAUGUUGCCCGCCAGCGUCUCCGAAGAGCUCGUGCUCUCCACGACUCUUGAAACCAACAGGAAGAUUCCAGAAACCACCAUGAAUUUUGACCCGGACUGCUUCCUUAACAACCCCAAGCAAGGGCAGACGUACGGAGGAGGAGGCCCCAAGGGGGAAGGUCUCAGCACCAAUAUCCGGCAAUCGCCCACAACGGAACGGGGGUUCAACUUCAGCACAGCCCUGACCAAGGAGAUCAAAACAGAAGACACGUCCUUUGAACAGCAAAUGUCCAAAGAAGCUUUCUCCUCGUCGUCGUCGUCCAACUCGCUUACCCUUACCACGGCUUCCAGCCUGCUUCCCUCGGGGGGAGGACUCAGCCCCAGCACCACCUUGGAACAAAUGGAUUUUAGCGCAAUUGACUCCAACAAGGAUUACUCUUCGGGUUUUAACCAAGCGGUGCAGAGUCCGCACGUCCACCAAACCCCGUCCCCCAGCUUCUUCCUGCAAGACAGCAGUAAAGCACUCCCCCUGGAGCAAAACGCCCACAGCAGCCUGAAUGAUGCAAGCAGCUCUUUUGUCAGUCCCCUGGGACUCCCCAACGUCAAGACCGAGGCCUCCUCGCAGAACACCUCCAACUGCAACGGCACUGUGGAGGCCCGGAUUGAGUCCACCUCUUCCCUUCAGCUCAUGCAGUUCCAGGCCAACUUUCCGUCCAUAGCAGCUGAAGGGGAAGUCCCGAUGGAGACCUCGCCGCAGGCGGAAGGGAACGAGAAUCUGCUGAAAUCAGGGGAGCUCCAGUCCUGUGGGGCGGAGCACUACAUGCAGCCCGAGGCCAACGGCGGCUUGAGGAACGGCGGCGGCCUCCCUGUCCUCCAAGGGAACAUGGUGCAAGGCCUCUAUCCUGUGGCCCACCCGAGUUUGAACAACUCCUCCAACAUGGAGCUCAGUUUGGACCACUUUGAUAUCUCCUUUAGCAACCAAUUUUCUGACUUGAUCAAUGAUUUCAUUUCAGUGGAAGGUGGGAGCAAUGCCCUCUACGGGCACCAGCUGGUCUCUGGGGAGAAUACCGGGCUGUCCCAGACGGAGGAGAGCAGCCGGGCGGCCUACAGCCAGGCAGAGAUGUGCAUCCCUUGUUGCAGCCCACAGCAAGCGAACCUGAACCUCAGCAGCACGGAGAACGGGGCCAGCCCCAUGGCCUACAUGCACGUCACCGAGGUGGUUUCGGCAGCGGCGGCAGCAGCCCAGGGCACCCUUGGCAUGCUCCAGCAGAGCGGGCGCCUCUUCAUGGUGACCGAUUACUCCCCCGAGUGGUCGUACCCCGAGGGGGGCGUGAAGGUCUUGAUCACGGGACCCUGGCAGGAGGCCAGCAAUAACUACAGCUGCCUGUUUGACCAAAUCUCGGUGCCAGCCUCGUUGAUCCAGCCAGGGGUGCUGCGCUGUUACUGCCCAGCUGAACUCAUUCCCACCUGUUUGGACGGGGAACGCAUCUCCUUAGUAAACACUCACGACACGGGCCUUGUGACGCUGCAGGUGGCUUUCAACAACCAGAUUAUCUCCAAUUCAGUGGUCUUCGAGUAUAAAGCACGGGCAUUGCCAACGCUUCCUUCUUCUCAACACGACUGGCUCUCGCUGGAUGAUGAAUCGGAACAGAUGUGCAGGAAGGCAGCGGAGGUGAUCAUGGAUAUGGAGGGUGAUGGACCCGCCUUCACCCUGCUAGCCCUCAGCAAGCAGGAGGGAUCAAAGCAGGGCUAA